AUGGCUCUUAGAAAACUCUUUACAGAGCGUCUUUUCGAAGGUGUCAAAACGACGCCGUCGCUUCAACAAACCAUAGUUUCUCCAAACACUUCCAAAACUAACUUCCACCGCGAGUAUCUCUCCUCGCCGGAUUCCAUAAACCGAGGCGUUUUCCGGCGCUUUCUUCCCCGGAGAUCCGUGCACCACUCCGGCACCGCGAAGCUUCCGGAGUUUCUCUCACUACCGGUGGGAGAAAAACUCAGGGAGAAACUCAAAAAUAUCAACAACAUUACCGGUACCGGAGAUCGUUUCGGUCUUGGUUUUCCGCCGCUGUCUGCUCCGGCGAGUGUUACCGGAACUGAAAUAACAGUUGAGGAUGCGAAGAAAAUUCUGAGAGCUUCACAAAUGGAGAAGGUGAAGGCGAAACUGAGAGACAUUCCGGAGAAUACGAUUUGUUACUCGGAGUUCUUGCGGAUUUGCUUUGAAUCAUCUCAAAAUCAUGAUCAAGGUGCUGAGUUUGCAAGGAUAUUGGAUGAAUCUGGAAACGUCAUCGUUUUGGGGAACACUGUUUUUCUCAGGCCAGAACAGGUUGCAAAAUCAAUUGAGAGCUUAAUGCAUCAAUCAAUAGCCAGCCCAAACGACCCAAGAAGAAAAGAGCUAGAAAAUAUGGAGAAGCAAAAAGCACUAAUUGAUGAUAAAGCAAAAGCCCGAGUCCAAACUGAGCUUUAUUGUGGAUUGGGCUUUAUAACUAUCCAAACACUUGGAUUUAUGAGACUCACUUUUUGGGAGCUAAGUUGGGAUGUUAUGGAACCCAUAUGUUUCUUUGUUACUUCCCUUCACUUUGCUAUGGCAUACAUGUUCUUCAUCAGGACUUCAACUGAGCCAACGUUUCAAGGGUACUUCAAUCAGAGAUUUACGGUCAAACAAGAACGUCUUAUGAAGAAAUACAACUUUGAUGCUCAUAGAUAUACUGAGCUCUGCAAAGCUUGUUAUCCAAGUAAUCAUGGUGGAGCAAAAGCUGAGAGUUUUUCUCCACCUAUCAACAAUGGUGAAGAGACAGUUCUAAGAGCCUCGUAUCGUUGA